AUGACGUCUGUCGAUACUAAGGGGCGUCCCGUCCCAAGCAGACAUUUCUCAAGCUUUUCGAGCACCGGAAUAGCUUUGGAAGCUUCCGAUUAUCCAGCUCGUACAACAUGGACCUUCGACGCCGAAAGAUUUGCUCUGAGAAUGGCCCAAAGCACCAGCACUGCGCUCCAGACCCCAAGAGCUGACCCAACACCCAUGAAUCCCAAUUUUGAUGACUAUCAACCGAACAACUUUAACACCGGAACUUGCCCUCGAAAUAGGCAGGAAGUAUUUCAUGAAACGGCCAAUAUUCCGAUGGCGGAACUUACAUCUCCCAUGGCCGCUUCACCCCUCGACCUCGAGAUGCAUGCAUCAUCAUCGUUAUCAAAUCCCGGUCUCGACCCUGCCCCAGAGACACAAGCCCAACAUCAAAGCCCUAACAAUCAAUACAAUGUCAUGGGAACCACUCCCACACACACAUGCCCCGACCCGAUGAAUAUAAACGGCGGCCUACCCCCAAACCAAUUCGACUUCAUCUUCUUCGACAGAAUGCUCCUAGACCCCAGAAUCACACACCGCGUCCACAAACGCAGUCCCCCAAUUCCUCGAUUCCCUCGAGACAACGAUCCGCAAUAUGGAAGACGCAAGCCUCCCACUGCAAACAUACUUGAUCCAGCAGCAGCUCGUGGCGGGAAUACCGGCCAAUAG